AGCCGUUUUGGCUAGCAUGCGCGCGCGCGACGCUGCUGCAUGCUGUGAUGUGUCGAGAGCCGCGCCCGGUCGCCGAGAGGGGGAUGGCAAAGUGUGCGCUUCGCCCCCUGAGCGAGCUCUGCGCCGACUUCAGGCGGCAGCGCGGCUCGGACGGAGCUGGCUCCAAGGACACAACAUUGCCCGACGUCCUGCGGGAGGUGCCGACUGACAUGCCCAGCGAGAACGAGCGGGUCGAGGGCCACAGGUAUGAUCCGAGUGCAGUGGAAGCAAAGCCGUCCAGGCGGACCGCCCUGAGCACCUUGGACAAGCUGCAGGAAAAGUUCAAGGCGCGACAGGAGGAGCGGGAGAAGACCUCGCAGAUCGACGUGCCGAUUGGAGGAGGCUCCCAGCCGAAGACGCUGGCCACGUCGCACACAGGGACUUUGACGAAGCUUGUCGAGCGCAAGGGCUUCGGCUUCGUUGUCCCGGACGAGGAGGGCACUGGGGACGUGUUCCUGCAUUGCUCGGAGCUGCAGGGCGCAGGCUGCGGGGACAUGUUCGUGGGGAUGCGGGUGCGUUACGACGUGGAGGUGGACUCUCGGAGUGGCAAGGCACGGGCGCGCUCUGCCGUGGUCUUGGAGGCCGAGUCCUCCAGCGCGCAGGCGUUGGAGAAGAGGACCGCCUCGGCGACGGUGGAGCAGCUGGAGAGCCAGGACGCCGCCAAGAAAGGCAAAGACGCCGUGCAGAAGCGACGCGCCAGCGCCUCCUUUACUCGCGGGCAGCUGCUGGGGGCGUUCCGACGGCUAGGUCGGCCGUACGGCAAGGCGUCCAAGGUCGGCAUCCUCAGCGUGCGCCUUCCCAAGGUGCAGGGGCAGCGCCGGUGGGGUUGCAGCGACAGCUGCAGCGACAGCGGCGCGUCGGCCGACGACUCCUCCUGGAUGGAGGAGGACGCGUGCCUGGACGACGAGGACCUCAUCGCCACGAUGGAGAUUCGGCUCUCGAGGGAGUCGGGGUUCGACGUCAUGAACGAGGAGACGUUUGGCGAGAGCUACAGCUGCGGCUGGUCCUUCGAGGAGGCGGUCGCGGCCAACGCGAAGCUGUCCUCGUACCACCUGUCAGGCGUCGUGCUGCCCAUGGCCGUCAAAGACCUGGAGGAGCUCGGAUGCGUGCCGACGACGGCCGGUGGCAGGUGGUUGCAGGCCUCCUGCGAGCGGCACCGCGCCCAGAUCGGCGACGCGGACCCGGAGCAGGACGCAGAUGUCGAGGUCCGGGCCAAGGCACCCGGGCCCUCCGCAGGGAACGACGCGGCCCGAGCCGGCGGCGACCCCGCGCCGCCGCCGGGCUCGGCGUGCCGGCACAGCCCUCCGCCAAUGCUCGUCUGGCAACUGGGCGGGCCGCGGUUCAAGCAGCACGGCGACGGGCGAUCUGGCGGUGCGGUCUUCCAGAA